GGAGAUUGACGUAAAGGGGCGGGGCGCGCCGGGUCUCCCGAAGAGACCGAGUCGAGGGGCGGCCGGGUCCUCGCUAUGGACCGCUACGCGGGCGCGGGGGACGAGGCGGCCGAUCGGGCCCGGCAGCAGGAGCGGCACUACCAGCUGCUGUCGGCGCUGCAGAGCCUGGUCAAGGAGCUGCCCAGCUCCUUUCAGCAGCGCCUGUCCUACACCACGCUCAGCGACUUGGCCCUGGCGCUGCUGGACGGCACGGUGUUCGAGAUCGUGCAGGGGCUUCUGGAGAUCCAGCACCUCACCGAGAAGAGCCUGUACAACCAGCGACUGCGGCUGCAGAACGAACACCGAGUGCUCAGGCAGGCUCUGAGGCAGAAGCAUCUGGAAGCCCAGCAGACCUGCCGGCCCCACAACUUGCCAGUGCUCCAGGCAGCUCAGCAGCGUGAGUUGGAGCCAUGGCAGGCCAUGGAACAUCGGAUCCGGGAGGAGCAGCAGGCAAUGGACCGCAAGAUUGUCCUGGAACUGGACCGGAAGGUUGCUGACCAGCAGAGCACACUGGAGAAGGCAGGGGUAGCUGGUUUCUACGUGACCACUAAUCCGCAGGAGCUGACACUACAGAUGAACCUGCUGGAGCUCAUCAGGAAGCUGCAGCAGAGGGGCUGCCCAGUGGGAAAGGCAGCCCUGUGACCAAGUGGAGGUCCCUGCUGUGCUGUUGCCCAGGAUGACCGCGACCACAGCCUUUUGUGUGUCCAGCUGCCAGCAGGUGCGAGCCUUCCAAGAGAGACGGAUUAGACUCUGGCUAUGCUGGCUGCCAGCCAAGGUUGAGAUUUGGAGGGGAGAGGCCCAAGUAAUAGGAACGGUGUCAGGAAAGGGCCCCAUGACUGAACACAGAAGGGCCAGCACCUUCCUCUCAGGGCACAUCCUACAUUCCCGCCAGGCUUGGGUUUGCCGUGUUCUGGUGCGGACCCUCCCUUAACAGCCUCAGCCCUGGGUAGAAGGGCUCCAAAGCCCAAGCACUGUAUGGCCUAGAAAAAUAAAGACCACAACACAUGG